GGCUCCAGCCGUGUUUACUGUUAAUCAAACUCCUUUAGUGCACUUUUGCGCGUCAGAGCCGAAGGCCAGCGGACCAUGAUGGACUACAUGACGGACAAGUUCCCACUGAAGUGUGAAGCAGGGAAGGGGACAGACUUUUUCCUGGAGCCGCUCAUGGAGCCCUUAGAAAGCAUGCAGUACUACAGCAAGAGCUCCAGCAAGAGCGCCCAGCAUUACACCCUGCAGAACCCCGAGCACCACAGCAUGCUGGACAGAUCCUCUCCCUGUGACAACCAAACCUCAGCAGCAGCAGCAGCAGCAGCAGCAGCUCCUCAUUACUGUAGCGCGAAGGCGGAUGACGGCGGCGGACACGCGGAGCUCCCGGGGCCCCUGGAUGAGCGCUGCGGUGUGAGGACUUCACCCGGGAACACAGCACGGGACAAAAGCGACUUAGACGACAUUGGAGAAAAGUGUGACAGCAACGUGUCCAGCAGCAAAAAGAGACGUCACCGGACCACAUUCACGAGCGCCCAGCUUGAUGAGUUAGAGAAAGUCUUCCAGAAAACGCAUUACCCAGAUGUGUAUGUGAGGGAACAGCUGGCCAUGCGUACCGAGCUCACCGAGGCCAGAGUUCAGGUGUGGUUUCAGAACAGAAGGGCGAAGUGGAGAAAGAGGGAGCGCUAUGGACAGAUCCAGCAGGCUAAAAGUCAUUUCGCAGCCACGUAUGAUAUUUCAGUGCUGCCCAGGACAGACAGCUACUCACAGAUAUCCAAUAACUUAUGGCCGACUCCAACCCCUGGUGGCUCAAUGGUUUCCUCCUGCAUGCUCCCACGUGGUUCUCCACCAUGUGUACCAUCUCCAUACCCUCACUCACCGCGAGCCCCUGAACACAAUUACAUUAGCUUUCCCAACCACCAGCAGAACCAGUUUGGUGUUAAUCCUGUCUCCCUCAACAACUUUUUUACUGAUUCACUUUUGGCCCCGGCACCAAAUGGGCACGCAACCUUCGAGAGCAAACCGGAGUUUGAGAGACGGUCGUCCAGCAUUGCUGUUCUCAGGAUGAAGGCCAAAGAGCACACAGCCAACAUCUCAUGGGCCAUGUGAUCCCUGUGCUCAGACUGUUAUUCUAAGCAGUAUUAAAUAACUUUAAAGUAUUGAUAAAGACACAGAUGUGGACUUUUUUUUAAUAAGAAGGACUCCUUGUUCUUUGAACUGAUCGUGACUGAAAAGGUUCCACUGAGGAGCAUCAAUUUGAGCCAGCGUCACUUUUCAGUCUUACUUUGAACAACUUGACAAUAUAAAACAUUACUUGAGUUACAUAUUGCGUGUAAAUGAAUGUCUUAUAAAUGUCUACGAACUUUUGCAAUAGUGUGCCUUAUUAUGUUUGACGCACUUAUGGUGGUGUGAAAACGGUAACACAGGGAGCUUUAUGAGCUAUUCUGUACUCAGGACUCAGAGUGGACGUGAUGUCCUUGACACGCUUAUACAAGUCAUGUGUGCCUUGAAGCAAAGCUAUGUACAACUCAUAAAUGUGGCUGGCCGUUGCUCUGCCACAAUCAGAGGGGCACUUUGUAUUCUGUAGGUCAAUAAAUUUAUUUGGAGAUUCCACAAUUAUUGUGAUUUAUAUAUGGUAUCAUGCCCCAUUUCUGAGAAGAGUCAAAUGUUAUUAAAAAUAUAUGGUAAAAGUAUAACAACCUUAGAUUUUUAAAUAUGAA